AUGACGUGGGCACAGGAGAGAUACUUUUCUGUUUGGAUGCUGUGGCUCGUUCUGUUGUCUUAUAUCAUAUCCAGAGGAAGUAACCUCAAGUGCCCUAGGCAUGAAGCCAUCCCUGUUCCACACAAAUGGUUCCAGUCGGGGGAACUCCUUGUCGGUGGGAUUUCAUCCCAGAUUGGUUAUGAAGUUCACUCGCUCUCCUUUAACAUACAGCCUUCUUCACUAGACAUGUUUGGACUUCCACAAAUUGUGAUGAAGUUCUAUCAGCAUGUUCUAGCCUUGGCAUUUGCUGUAAAUGAGAUCAAUGAGAACUCCAAGAUUUUGCCCAAUGUCACUCUUGGGUUCCAUAUCUAUGACAGCUACUAUGAUUCGAAGAUGACCUAUCGUACCAUUAUAGACCUGCUCUUCCAUUCAGACAGAUUUCUCCCAAAUUACCAACGUGGUACUCAGACAAAUGUAAUAGCUGCCAUUGGGGGACUUGAGGCCGAUGUCUCCUUUCUUAUGGCAGACAUUCUGGGAGUCUACAAAAUUCCUCAGCUUCACUCAUUUCUUCAGGCCAUUUCAUUUAACAACUCAGCUGGAGAAACAGUAUCCUUUAACGGUAAUAAGGAAAUUGGGGCUGGAUUUGAUAUAAUGAACCUGGUGACAUUGCCAAAUAACUCCUUUAUUAGAGUAAAAGUUGGACAGGUGGAUCCUAGCGCUCCCGAAGGAAAACAGUUCAUCAUUCAUGAAGAUCUGUUGGUGUGGCAGGCAGUUUUUAACCAGAUGCCACCCCUUUCUCUGUGCAAUGACUAUUGUCAUCCUGGCUAUCACAAGAAAAAGAAGGAAGGGGAGAAAUUUUGCUGCUACCAUUGUGCUCCUUGCCCAGAGGGGAAGAUUUCAAACCAGACAGACAUGGUCGAUUGCAUCAGAUGCCCUGAAGAUCAAUAUCCAAGCAAAGUCCAAAGUGAUUGCUUUCCUAAAGUUAUAAGCUUCCUGUCUUUUGUAGAAAGUUUAGGUAUCAGUUUGUUGUCAGCUAGCAUUUUUUUCUCCGUGAUCACAAUGUUAGUGCUAGCAACUUUCAUUAAGCACAACAAUACUACUAUAGUCAAAGCCAACAACCGGGAUAUCACUUACACUCUUCUGAUCUCUCUUUUGCUCUGUUUUCUGUGUUCUUUGCUGUUUCUUGGGAAACCAAAUGAGGUGACCUGCUUCUUUCGACAAUCUGCUUUCGGCAUCAUCUUCUCAGUCGCUAUUUCUUGUGUUUUGGCCAAAACUAUCACAGUGGUUGUAGCUUUCAUGGCCACCAAGCCAGAGUCCAAUAUGAGGAAAUGGGCAGGGAAACGACUGACCAAUUUCAUUGUCCUUUCCUUCUCCUUUAUUCAAGUGGUCAUUUGUAUGAUCUGGCUAGGAAUUUUCCCCCCUUUCCCAGAUUUUGACACACAGUCAUCGACUAGAGAGAUUGUUGCAGAAUGUAAUGAAGGGUCUGCCAUUAUGUUUUACAUUGUCCUGGGCUACAUGGGAGUCCUAUCCAUCAUCAGCCUGACUGUGGCUUUCCUAGCCAGAAAGCUGCCAGAUACUUUUAAUGAAUCCAAGCACAUCACCUUCAGCAUGCUUGUGUUUUGCAGCGUCUGGGUGUCUUUUGUUCCAGCCUACCUGAGCACUAAAGGCAAAUCCAUGGUAGCUGUGGAGAUCUUCUCUAUCUUGGCCUCCAGCGCUGGAUUAUUGGCUUGCAUCUUCUUUCCAAAAUUGCAUAUAAUUUUGUUCAGGCCUCAGUUGAACAACAGGGAUCUGCUAUCAAGAAGGAAGAAUCAAAUUGCCUAA